AGAAUUGUCUCUGUGGGAAGUUUGUCCUCCGCCCAUUGCGACCAUGCCGUAGAUACUCUACUUCAGGGACUUCUGGGUUGACUGCUGGCAAAAUUGCUGGAGCUAGGCUUUUGUUUGUUGGUGGAGGUAUUGGUGGCACUAUCCUAUAUGCGAAAUGGGAUUCCCACUUACGAGAAAGUGUAGAGAAAACCAUACCUUACUCAGACAAACUCUUUGAGGUCGUUCUUGGUUCCACACCUUAUAAUGUUCAGUUGCCAAAGAAGCCGAUUGAGUCUGCUCCACUAAAAAUCUCUAGUGUAUCAGAGGUAAUGAAAGAAUCUAAGCAGCCUGCCUCAAAACUCCAAAAACAGAAGGGAGAUACUCCAGCAUCAACAACAGGUGAUACCCUGUCAGUACCAGCCCCUGGUGUUCAGCAUGAAGAAGCUAUGAAAACUGAUCACCCUGGAACUGGUGAAGGAAAGCUCACACCCGCCCUUUCAGCUCUAGCCAAGAGCUUAGAAGAUGCUCUGAGCCAUACUGCAAGCAUCACUCUUCAGGCUGUUGCAGCUCAGAAUGCUGCAAUCCUGGCCGUCAAUGCACACUCCAACAUACUGAAAGCAGCCAUGGAUAAUUCUGAGAUGACAGCUGAGAAGAAGUCUGCUCAGUGGCGCACAGUGGAGGGUGCAUUGAAGGAACGCAGGAAGGCAGUAGAUGAAGCUGCUGAUGCACUUCUCAAAGCCAAUGAAGAGUUAGAGAAGAUGAAAAGUGUGAUUGAAAAUGCAAAGAAAAAAGAGGUUGCUGGGGCCAAACCUCAUAUAACUGCCGCAGAGGGGAAACUUCACAACAUGAUAGUUGAUCUGGAUAAUGUGGUCAAAAAGGUCCAGGCAGCUCAGUCUGAGGCUAAGGUCGUAUCACAGUAUCAUGAGCUGGUGGUCCAAGCCCGGGAUGACUUUAAACGAGAACUGGACAGUAUUACUCCAGAAGUCCUUCCUGGAUGGAAGGGAAUGAGUGUUUCUGACCUAGCUGACAAGCUUUCUACCGACGAUCUGAACUCCCUGAUUGCUCAUGCACAUCGUCGCAUUGAUCAGCUAAACAAAGAGCUAGCAGAACAGAAGGCCACAGAGAAACAACAUAUCACCUUAGCCUUGGAAAAACAAAAGCUGGAAGAAAAGCGGGCUUUUGACUCUGCAGUGGCAAAAGCAUUAGAACAUCACAGAAGCGAAGUACAGGCUGAACAGGACAAAAAGGUAGAGGAAGUCAGAGAUGCCAUGGAGAAUGAAAUGAGAACCCAGCUUCGCCGGCAGGCAGCUGCCCAUACUGAUCACUUACGAGAUGUCCUUAGGGUACAAGAACAGGAACUGAAGUAUGAAUUUGAGCAGGACUUAGCUGAGAAACUUUCUGAACAAGAAUUACAGUUUCGUCGUCUCAGUCAAGAGCAAGUUGACAACUUUACUCUGGAUAUAAACACUGCCUAUGCCAGACUGAGAGGAAUUGAACAGGCUGUUCAGAGUCAUGCAGUUGCUGAAGAGGAAGCCAGAAAAGCCCACCAACUCUGGCUUUCGGUGGAGGCAUUAAAGUACAGCAUGAAGACCUCAUCUCCAGAUACACCUACCAUUCCACUGGGUAGUGCAGUCGAGGCCAUCAAAGUCAACUGUUCUGAUAAUGAAUUUACGCAAGCUUUAACUGCAGCUAUCCCUCCGGAGUCCCUGACCCGUGGGGUAUACAGUGAAGAAACCCUUAGAGCCCGUUUCUAUGUGGUCCAAAAACUGGCCCGAAGGGUUGCAAUGAUUGAUGAAAACAGAAAUAGCCUAUACCAAUACUUCCUCUCAUAUAUGCAGUCCCUGCUUCUGUUCCCACCUCAGCAACUGAAGCCACCACCGGAGCUCUCCCCUGAGGAUAUAAACACAUUUAAAUUAUUGUCAUAUGCAUCCUAUUGUAUUGAGCAUGGUGAUCUGGAGCUGGCAGCAAAGUUUGUCAAUCAGCUGAGAGGGGAGUCCAGACGAGUGGCACAGGACUGGAUGAAGGAAGCCCGAAUGACCCUAGAAACUAAAGAGAUAGUGGAAAUCCUGACAGCAUAUGCCAGCGCUGUAGGAAUAGGAACCACCCAAGUACAGCAAGAGUAAGGUCUAGGAAGAGUUUUAUAAAGUCAUGUUUCAUGUCAAAGGAAAUCAGCAGUGGUAUAUGAAGGGUUUGCAACAAGGGUCCCAGAAUUGUCUAGAAAUGAGCAGGUUACAAGUACUGUUCUAAAUGUUAACACCUGUUGCAUUUAUAUUCUUUCCACUUGCUAUCAUGUCAGUGAACUCCAGGAGUGUUUCCUUUGCAACUUGUGUAACAUUUUCUGUUUUUCAGGUUUUACUGAUCAGGCUUGUGAGGCCAAUCAAAAUAAUGUUUGUGAUCCCUAAUACUAUUGAUUAUGCCCUUGGAGCAAACUGAAUAAAGCAACAAGAUGAAAAAAAAAAAA